AUGUCCGCAAUCGAGCAUGCACCAUACGACGUCCUGACCGAGAUAUUAAUCUUGCUGCCUGCCACGGACAUUGUCCGUCUUCUGAGCACAUCGCGUACGCUCCGUUCGUACCUCCAAGAAGAGCCGAUAUGGAGAACCCUGUCGCGCGCGUACGGAGUGACAGAUGUUUCGAAUUAUGGUGGACGGUCGUUCUACACCGUCUACACUAGGUUGCUCCACAAAUAUGGACCUCUGCUCGGCCUAUGGGCCGGAGAGCACGCGUUCUCAGGCCACAUCGUAGAAUUCCGUCUUGACGAGGGCAGCGCACAACGGCAAGCAUGUAUCAUCGGCGAGUUCUGGAGGUUCCGGAAGCCGCAGAUGUUCACAUGA